ACCAGGGAUGAACUGCGUGAUGCUCUAGAGAAGGAGGUGGGCGAAUUUCAUCGGGAGUGUGACUACUUCUCAUUCAGUCGCCUUGAGGAACCCACACUGGGUGAUUCCGCCGAGGCCUUUGAUACUAGCAAUCUAGCGACGGAGGAGCAACCUGCUACCCGCGGCGACCCUUUCGGUUGUCAGUCGCCUGAUCAGGGUGUCGAUGUGGCCGCUGAGUGCUCCUCGCCAGAUGAACCCACUGACAGCACAGCGUCGCUAAACUCGUCAGCUGUUACUAAUAGGAAACAGUCGGAUGGCAACUCCACCAUGGAUCGAUUGGAGCAUGAGGUGGAACUUCUUAUCAAACAGGUCUCGUUCGAGGCUUCAGCUGUCCCUGGCGAUGACGAUGGCCGGCGAUCUUUGCACCGCUUCGAAGGCAGUCUGGCUACUAUUGAUUUCUGUGACCAUGUUUUCUGUUACCGUGAAUUCUUCAGCGAGCUGUUCCGUCGGUACCUGCAGUACGCGGCCGCAGGCUCGGCUGUUCUCUCUAGGAAUGCCAAAAAUAACCCCGCAGCAGCCAAAUUCUUCCGCAUGAACUCUCGACGCCAAGAGAAGCGAAACCACCGGCUGAAUAUGCGCUGUCUCUGUUUGCACGCCAUGGCAAUUGUUUAUGGCCGGUGCCACUCCGAAAUUGGCCCCGUUUCCGACAUUCCCCUGUUGGUUCACCUACUCGACCGGACCGUGUCUGCUGCUGAGCGGGACUGUCUGCUAAUGUUGUUGGAGAAAUUGGUGCUGAACAAAUACAAUGCUGAUGAAUUCUUGGAGGCCGAUGGCGUUCGUGUCGUCAGUGAUCUGGCUGGCCUGGCCCAUCUCCACACCAGUCGGGCUCCUCCGCCGACGGAAACCAACAUUCUCAUGGGUGGUGACGAUCCCGACUCCCAGGAGGGCGGUGGUGUCACUCAGAAGGAAUGGUGGUACUGGCAAACCGACGGUUGCGGUGGCGGCAGCGGUUCCUCCACUGGUCCACUAAGCUUUGCUGAGGUGGGUUUACUUAGUGAAAGACCUUUGCGGUGUGUGUAUACUGCUUUUUUAUUGGCUUUGCGUGUUUCAUUAUGGAAGCCGACGUUUAAUUAA